AUGAGCAGCGGAUCUUCAGGGGACGCGUACGCUGAGGACGCCUUCGAGGACGACGAGCAGGACCUUAACAUCAACGAUGGGCCCAUCGAUGCUCAUGCGGGCGAUGGCUAUUCGGACGACGACUUUGAGCUCGACGAGGUUCCCACAGCGUCACUGGACAACCCGCUUGGCGUCAAUGUCGUUGUCCCAUUGCUGCACGACGAGGAGCUUCAACCGUCGUGCCGUACACGCGCGCCGCCAACGCUGCCAGCGCUCAAUACCUUUGUCGUUGCCAAGCUUCGUCGCCUUCACGCAACGCCGGUCGACACGCGCUUGCAGGUCCCCGUGCCCGCUGCCCUACUCGCCCGGCUUGGCCGACCGCGAUCGCUCUUUACGUACACAGCGUACCACACGAGCCGGCUCCAGGACCAGGCGUGGGCGAGCCAAGUCGACGCGCUCUACGCGCGGCGUCCGGAUCCGCUCGCGAUCGCUGCUGCCGCCAUGAGUGCACUUCGUCCCGCCUACGCGCCUCUCGAUCCCACGUAGCGAUGUCACAAA